CGUGGAAACUCUGCAUUCUCACCAGUCAACGUCUCUGCAGCGCAUCACCGCCGCUUCCUGUGAUCCGAUCAGCGAACCAUUUCCUCUUCGCGACAGAAGCAAGGUGUUCUCCUGAGCAAGGCCGGCUCUCGUUUCCACGGCUCCGCCUGCUUACGACAAUAUAUCCUGCACCUGCACCUGCACCAGUCUCCACCAAACUUCUGUUCGUCCCCUCCCGCAGCAUAUAUCGACGCAUAUUGCAUGGGCACCACGCACCAACUGCAGCUUCCCUUGCUGCACCCCCAACGUUUUACCUAGUCAACCAGUCGACAUCACUCCCGGCCAGUAAGCGUCAUCGGACAGGGCUACACCGCUGGUAUAAGCUUCCACCAUGGACAGCAGCUACGGCAGUCCGGACCCUCACCAGGCACCGUACUCGUCGUCUUACGAUCCACGCCCCUAUUACCCGUCGUCCUAUCAGCAAGAUGCGAGCUUUCGCGACCCACAACGCCCUAGAUCUCCCGCUUCAUCCAGAACUACAAACGACGGACAUGCGCAGCCUUAUCAGCAGCCACUCCAGCAACCACUCCACAAUGCGCUCAAUAACGCAUUCGAUAAGUCCGACUCGGCAGGCAAAGUCGACCCUGAGCUCAUUGCGCAAAUCACGGCCGAGGUGAAAAAGUCGGUGCUGGAUGAAAUCAAACUGGGAAUGGGUGUCACUGCGCAGCAGCCCGUUGCACCGCCGCAGCAACCGUACCCCCCGCAAUCGCCCGUCUCUAUGACAUCCAUCCCUUCGCGAAACGUGUACACACCACCAUCGCCCAAACAAGCAGAUCUAUCCAGCCACGGAAGUGCUUCUCCCGACCCUCCAUCGCACGAUCCUCUCUUCGAUGGUACUGGAGACACCCCAACACCCAGGCACGAACGCAGCGCUCCGGUUGAUAUUCCACACGAACGUUCAAUCCCGCGGCCUGCAGCAGCCCCAAGGAUGCCCACGGACAGUGAUCUAACACCUAUUGAGAGACGAUGGCAACACUUGUUCGACCCGCAAGGCCAGCCCACUCCUCGCCUAGGCGAAUUCCUGCGAGGCCUUGCCAUCCACCUGAUCGACGAUUACGAACCAAAGAAGAGCCUAGUCAUCUCACCGUCUAAGAUGCUGCGGUUUUACAGUGACGUGAAACUCACUGAGGAGAUCUACCCCUGGGACACCAUUUUCGGGAAACUGCCUUACUCGACGCUGUGUAAGAUAUACCGAGACAUGCGUUGCGAGCACCAUCUCAUCCAGGAACAUGCCGCGGCUCAGCCCGACAUUCCUGCUCUCACUCCUUUGGGGUUCCAAGAAUGGAUGACAGCCAUGAUACAAGCUUAUCCCGAUGCUGAAUAUGAACGCCUCUCGAGGGCGGUUCUGGACAUGCCGAUCAGCAACGCCGACGACUGCAAGGAGCGCUUCCCGAAGGAACUCCCUCGCCGUCUCUUCCCUCACAUUGAGAACCUGCAAGCUCAACAGCGAUGCGCUGCUGCUUUAUCUCCGGAGGGCGUCGGUCCUCUCCGCAGAGCUCCCACCUUUCCGCCGCCACCGCCUCCACCAAUGAGCCAGAGUGCAAGCGUGCCGCCGAGUCUUGAACGAGAGCGCAGUCCCUACACAAGCCGACCAGACCCAAGAGCUGUUGUAUCCGAAGAUGAAGACAAUGUGCCUAUAUCCAUACCUAUAGAGCGUGAGAGGAAACCCUACGCUGCCGCCCCAGGCGGCGGCAAAAUGCACGAAGACGACAACACUCGCGGUACAACUUCAGACGCACCGUUGCGCGAACAGCGCCGGCGAACCCAGUCAACAGCGAGCCAGUACCCAUACGUUCCGCCCGCCGACCCAUCUCAGUAUCCGCGAUCCGCCACGCAGACCAACAGCCGGCGACCUAGGAGCCCCAGCUUCUCCAACUACGGCAAAUCCUCCGACCCUAACGUACGAGACAUGUCUGGGGCAUACUAUAACAGCAACAUGUACGGCGAAGACGAGGAAAAACGGAGAUUUGCUAAAGACGCUGAGAUGAGGAGGGAAUGGGCCGCUCGUCAAGCAGACCACAGCAACGCAGGCCACCAGCGCCGAAGUACCACGGGCACCGACAGUUCCCACGACUCUCAGUCUCGUUCCGUGUACGAUGACGAUCAUUACCGGGGCAGGAACGGGAGCAAUGGAUACGACAGUCGUAGCGGAUACGAUUCGCGGCGAUACUAGAGAAAAGUUUCGGAGAGGAGCAAAGGCUGGGAAACGUGCGCGAUUCGCUAGCGCUCACGACGUUACGAAAUCCGAUACCCUCACUUCUGGUCUGUUAUUUCCCUUGUGUAGAGUUAUGUUUUCCUUCUUGGAUACCUUUUCAGCUGUUAUCCUCACUGUCAGUCGGUGCGGGUCGUUUCAUUUGACAUACCCCUUUUGUAAGCGCAAUGUAGUUGGAACAGACCUCGUUUUCAUUUGAAUUAAGAGCAUUUCGAUAUC